AUGCGGAGUUUUCAAUCUCGUCUUGAUCGAAUAGAGCAAGGCCAAAGCAAGGACUACAUCGAGGACAACAACGAGGUUGUUCAUGACACGGAAUUGGCGCCAAAACAUGGCGGCCGCAAGCGGAAGCUUAGUGAGGAUGAGGACGACGAAUCGGUUUUAAUAAACAAAGUGUUGUCAAACCCAGCUGACCCAGCUGAAAAACCAGCAGAGAAUAUACCUGGAGAUACGGACAACUUGCUGUCAAAUAUUGCCCAAGAUUUAUCCGAACAAGAACCUACGUACGGGUCCUGCAGUGAAUGA